AGAGCGAGCUCGUUGAGGCAGGGCUGGGAUCUGAGCUCGCACAAAUAGCUCCCCGGCGGACUCGCCCCAGGUUCCUGCCCUGCCCUGGCCCUUCGCUGGGCUCCGAGGGGGAAGACCCGGAGCUCCACGCCCGCCGGCCAUGAGCCAUCUCUACGGCAGCCACCUCUCCCCCAUGGGCAGCCCGUCCAUGCUCUACCUCCCGGCCGCUCUGGGCUUCGCCCCCAGCGGCGCUCUCUCCCGGCAGGACCCCCCGCAGAAACCCCCCUACAGCUACAUCGCCCUCAUCGCCAUGGCCAUCAAGGAGGCUCCGGAGCAGAAGGUGACCCUGAGCGGCAUCUACCAGUUCAUCAUGGACCGCUUCCCCUUCUACCACGACAACAAGCAGGGCUGGCAGAACAGCAUCCGCCACAACCUCUCCCUCAACGACUGCUUCGUCAAGGUGCCCCGGGAGAAGGGGAGGCCGGGCAAGGGCAGCUACUGGACCCUGGACCCUCGCUGCUUGGACAUGUUCGAGAACGGCAACUACCGACGGAGGAAGAGGAAGCCCAAAGCCGCGGGGCCCCCGGAGGCUCGGAGCGGUGCCGUGCCCUCCGACGGCGGCCGCCCCGACGAGCCCAAGCGGGCCAAGGGGAGCGGAGCGGGGCACAGCCCGGCGGCGGACUCGGGCGACGAAGGGGCUCCGGGACCGGCUGCCGGUGGCGGGGGGGGAGAAGGGGUUGCCCCCGGGAGACCUCCCCGCUGCUCCUCCGCCGCCGCCCCCCGGGCUCCCGCCGCCUCCGGGGGGCCGCCCGCCGCCCCCCCGGCGCUCAAGAGCGGUCCUCGGGGUCGCAGCUUCAGCAUCGAGAGCAUCCUCGCCCAGGGGUUGCGGCAGCCCCCCCCCGGGGCCGCCCCCAAGGCCCGGGAGAGCCCCGUCGGUUGCCUCGGCGGCUCCCUGGUCGCCAGCGGGGGCUUCGGGCCGGCCCUCAACGCCUCCCUCAUGCUCGACUCCCAGGUGCACGGCAGGCUCUACCACAUCGGCAUCCCCUUCCUCUCCUGCUUCCCUCUCCACUUCUCCGAGGCCGUACUGAAUUUCCAGUAGGUGCCCCCCACCCCUCCAGCCCCCUCGCUGCUCGCUGGAGGGCACAGCUCGGACUCGGACCUCGCCACGCGGGUAAAAGACCAAAAAAAGCUCUUAGAGGUGACUCAGGAUUUCAGGGCAUUUUCAAGGCACGUCUCGCUGCGGAGAGCUCCUUAGGGACUGCUUCUCCCCACCCCCCAGCCCCCCCCAACCAGAUCGACUGUGCAAGGUAAAGCGGUUUUCUUUUCACCUCGGUGGCGGAGGCACAGAGAGGGGGCACUGGGGGGGUCCCACGCUGGCCUCCACGCCCUGCAGGCUUUGCUCUGCGGCUUUCGCCUUUGCAUCCAUCACGUUUCUUAGACCUGCUUUCUGCCACCCCCCCUCUGGUCUCCAGUUUUCUUUAUUUUUUCUUCCUUUUGAAAACCCAAACCACCCCUUUUUAUUCUCAUGGAAGGGGGCUGAGAUUUGCUUUGCCAUGCGUACCCAUGGGGGCCUGCUGCACACCAUCGCUCCUGAGUUCAGCCCAGCCCUCCGAGUGGGUAAAAGGCAGGUAACCAGAGUAACCGGAGCUGAAACAAGGGCAGACGAAAUAAUCCAGGCUCAUUCUGCGCAGUCCUGCUUGCUUUGACUCAGCACUGUAUAUAACUCACGACGUUAACGCAAGCUGUUUUCCUGCCCAGCAGUUGCGCUUCUUGAGUAUCGCAAUAGUGAUGUCUCACUUCUGUCUCGCUCAAGUGGCCGUGGAGAGGGGGCACGGAUGAGCAAACACAUUUUGAACGUGGAGAAGCGGCCCGUUUCCCUGGGUGGCUGGGAUCGGUUGCUUCUUACCAAAAAAGACUGAAGCCGGGUUGUGGAGGCUGGUCUUGGCAUUUCAAAGGAGCUGUGUUAACAACCCGGACAACUACCAGGAAAAAAAAACACAGACCAACAGAAACCAUCAACUACGUUUCCCAAAGUUUUUUUUUUUUUUUUUUUCUUUUUUCUUUCUUAAAGAAGGAAAAAUCAAGACUCUUUAGGAGCAAUCAGGAAUAUUUUUUUUUUUUUGCCAUGAUAGAGGCUUUCUGUAUAUUAAUGGAUAAAUGCCCUUUUGGAAAAAAAAAAAGUCUAUAUUCUCAAUUUUCAUUAUGAAACCAACCUAUAUCCAAUAAAAGCAUUUGGUCCAGGA